AUGUAUCCUCUCAGCUGCGUAGACGGCCACAAACAGACCGGGCGCGAUGGUGAUAUUUACAUUACCAACCUGAUCCCCCUCGAUGCUGGCCUUGUCACCACCUCGUCCGAUCAAAUCUUGUCAAUGUACAACCCUUCCACCAUUGGUGCCGGACCCAUACGAACAUUCCGCACGCAUCAUGGCAACAUAACUUGCGCGAGGGUCUUUGACGGGUCCAUAUCCACCCUCUGUACCGCAGGGGAGGACGGAUCUGUCUCAAUCUGGGAUCUACGGCAGAACCAGCCCGAGGUUGCAACCUUGAAAGAUAACUCAACUUCAAUCCUAUCUUUGGCCUGCUCAAGCACUGGGCAUACAAUCGCUGCGGGUACAGAGCUUGAAAAUCACCAGGCAUCGAUCCUGCUCUGGGAUGUGCGUUCCACACCACGAGCGAAGCAUUCGUACAAGGAAGUACACAGCGAUGACGUCUGCGAGCUCAAUUUCCAUCCGGUCAAUGCCAACGUUCUGCUGUCCGGAUCCACCGAUGGCCUUGUCAAUAUCUGCGACACAAAUGUCGUCGACGAGGAUGAGGUGGUAGUCCAGACCUGCAACCUUGAUGCAUCAAUCCACCAUGCCGCGUUCCUGAAUGAUACUGAGUUGUAUGCGCUUUCACACGACGAGCGAUUCGCGCUUUUCAACGUCGCCGAAGGGCACGAGACUGGCAAAGCGACGACCGACUAUGGCGACAUGCGCAACGUUCUCGGCUGCCAGUACAUUGCCAACGUGACCGUCAAGGCUAAUGGUGCCGGUGCAGUAAUUGGCGCCGGAUCCCAUGACGAGGAGAUUUUCGAGCUGGUGCACCUCACGAAGGUCGGGGAUGGGUGGUCAGUGGACAAGGACAACAGCGUUGGUCUACCUGGAGCGCACUCUUCUGAGAUCGUUCGGGCCUUCUGUUUUGAUGAUGCUGCGCAGGUGGUCUAUUCGGUCGGUGAGGACGGAUAUAUAAAAGCGUGGAGACCGACUUAG